CAGUCUGGCUUUUACGAUGAACCUCAUCCUUCUUUCUUCACUCUUUGUGAUCACUUUCGCUUUUGCACCAAUCAGACCGAUUCCCGAAGAGCUCACUGGUCAAGAUCUUGUCGACCACAUCAACUCUGCAGCUUCAACCUUUCAAACAGAAAACUAUGCCGUGACUCACGAAAAGAUGCACACAAGAAGCAUGCAUGAGAAGUUCAAUGCUCCGUUCCCCGAUGAAUUCCGUGCAACUGAGCGAGAAUUCGUUCUUGACGCCACCCCACUCAAUUUUGACGCCCGUACCCGCUGGCCACAGUGCAAGUCCAUGAAGUUGAUCCGCGAGCAGUCCAACUGCGGAUCGUGCUGGGCUUUCUCAACAGCUGAGGUGAUUUCCGAUCGAACAUGUAUUGCAAGCAAUGGUACCCAACAACCAAUCAUCUCCCCAACUGAUCUGCUCACUUGUUGUGGAAUGUCAUGCGGAGAAGGAUGUGACGGAGGAUUCCCAUACCGAGCAUUCCAAUGGUGGGCUAGACGUGGUGUCGUUACUGGAGGAGAUUACCUUGGUACCGGUUGCAAGCCAUAUCCAAUAAGGCCAUGUAAUAGUGAUAACUGCGUAAACCUUCAAACUCCACCGUGUAGACUGUCAUGCCAACCAGGAUACAGAACGACCUACACCAACGACAAGAACUAUGGUAACUCCGCAUACCCUGUUCCAAGAACCGUCGCUGCUAUUCAAGCCGACAUUUAUUACAACGGACCUGUUGUCGCCGCGUUCAUAGUAUACGAGGACUUUGAGAAAUACAAGAGCGGAAUUUACAGACACAUCGCCGGUAGAUCAAAGGGAGGACACGCUGUAAAGCUAAUUGGCUGGGGAACAGAGAGGGGAACCCCAUAUUGGCUCGCUGUCAACUCUUGGGGAUCCCAGUGGGGUGAAAGCGGAACAUUCCGAAUCUUGCGUGGUGUUGACGAGUGUGGAAUCGAGUCUCGUAUUGUCGCUGGAUUGCCGAGAUAACUUUUUUCAUUGGUAAAAGACACCAAAGACAUGACAUUUUGUAAAUCCUAAUAAAUACAUUUAAUCAA